UCUCAGGCCACAGUUGUCUCAGUACCACAGACCAAGCAGUCCUUAAUGGACAGGCAAGACCAACCUCCUCUCACCAGGAGAAAGAAGAAAAGCUCCUGGGAAAUCCAUCGCCUUCAGGGAGGCUUCAAACUGACCAAGCAUUGAAAAGAAAGCAAGAACACAGGUUUCCUGUGCCUCCAGGCUUCCUACUAAGAGCAAAGAGCGUGUGGAGACUGUUCAACUAUGUCAGAGACUUCCUCGCAUGACUCUUUCUAUGAUUCCUUGUCAGACGUGCAGGAAGAAGGCAAAAAUGCUGACUUCUUCCCAGGGCUCUCUGCUUUUCUCAGCCAGGAAGAGAUACACAAAAGCCUUGACCUGGCUCGUAGAGCUAUAGACAACUCUGAAACUGAAGAUUUUGACUCAGAAAAGGAGAUUUCACAGAUUUUCAGCAAGUCUCCCAGAAGCCUCUGUGAAACUCCUUCCCAAGAGGAGACCAAAUCUGACAAGCCAGCUUCCUCAGAAAGACCUCACGAUAAUAGGCCAGCGCCUGGGCAGCCUCCGGCAGGAGACCAAGCUGAAAGGAUCACUACCCCAGCUUCAAAGAGAAAACCUGCCGUAUCACCCCUUCUGGCCAGCCCCAGCUACAUCCGGAGCCUCCGCAAGGCUGAAAAACGAGGUGCAAAAAUCCCCAAUCCAAGUGCAAAGCCCAAAGCUACCCAGCAAAGCAAGGCUGGCCCCCAGAGCCAACUGUGCGACAAGGCGGCUAGUUUCAUCGAGGAACUAACAUCCAUAUUUAGAGAGGCAGCCAAGCCAAGGAACAGAAGCCCAAAUGGUGAGUCCUCGUCACCAGACAGCGGGUAUCUGUCUCCUAAAAAUCAACCAUCAGCCCUGCUGGGUGCCUCAGCCAGGCAGAGCCCCACUGGAGACCAGCCAGACCAACAGGAGACAGAAACAGAGGUCAUGCUACCGCAGGGCAGCCUUUGCUACCAGGGCCACCAGGGCCACCAGGCCCCAGAAGAGGCCUUGCCACACAACCACAGCUCUCACCCACAGCCCCAGAAAGCCUGCCAUUUGCCAUCUGCACCUCGGUUCAUCCAGAAGCUGAGGAGCCAAGAAGUCGCUGAAGGAAGCCGAGUUUAUUUGGAGUGUAGAGUCACGGGAAACCCAACUCCCAGAGUCAGAUGGUUCUGUGAGGGGAGGGAGCUGUACAACAGUCCUGACGUUCAGAUCCACUGCGAAGGUGGGGAGCUGCACACCUUGGUCAUUGCUGAGGCCUUUGAGGACGACACAGGUCGCUACACUUGCCUGGCUACAAACCCCAGCGGCUCAGACACUACGUCUGCGGAGGUGUUCAUUGAAGGAGCCAGUUCAACGGACUCUGACAGUGAGAGCUUGCCUUUCGUAUCAAAAGCUGGAGAUAUGCCACAAGCUCAGAAGAAAACAACGUCCGUUUCCUUGACAAUAGGAUCCUCAUCUCCAAAGACAGGAGUGACCACAGCUGUGAUUCAGCCCUUAUCUGUACCUGCCCAACAGGUUCACAGUCCGACUUCGUAUCUCUGCCGACCUGAUGGAACCACCAUGGGCUGCCUUCUUCCUGUUUUCACUAAGGAACUGCAGAACACGGCAGCCUCCGAGGGCCAGGUGGUGGUCCUGGAAUGCCGCGUCAGAGGAGCGCCCCCUCUGCAGGUCCAGUGGUUCCGGCAAGGGAGUGAAAUCCAAGAUUCUCCGGACUUCAGAAUCCUCCAGAAAAAGCCGAGAUCAACAGCUGAACCCGAGGAGAUCUGCACCCUUGUCAUUGCCGAGAGCUUUCCCGAAGACACAGGCAUCUUUACCUGCUCAGCCAGAAAUGAUUACGGGUCAGUGAGCAGCACCGCACAGCUUGUCGUCACCUCUGCCAACACGGAGAACUGUAGCUAUGACUCAGUGGGAGAAUCCAACACUGAUCACUUCCAACACUUCCCGCCUCCCCCUCCGAUCCUGGAGACAGGUUCCUAUGAAUUGCCAUCCCAGAAACCAUCUGAAAUCCAGCAGGUGAAGAGUGCUCUUCAAAUGCAAUUCAAUCCUGCAGAGAGGGAGACCAAUGGAGUUCAUCCCAGCCAUGGAGUCAACGGGCUGAUUAAUGGCAAAACUUAUGGCAGUAAAUCUCCUCCAACACCAGCUGCCCUGCUUUCGCCCACUAAGGAACCACCACCUCUCCUUGCCAAACCCAAACUGGAUCCUCUGAAGCUUCAGCAGCUGCAGAACCAAGUGCGCCUGGAACAGGAGGCGGGCGCCUGGACCCCGGCGCCCCCGGGUGUCCCUUGCAACAGCAGCAGCAGCGGCAGCAGCGCACCCCCGUCGCCGCCCUUCCCACCGCCACCGCCCGCCUUCCCUGAGCUCGCGGCCUGCGCGUCGCCGGUGCCCUCGGAGCCCAUGAGCGCGCUGGCUUCCCGCACCUCCACCAUGCAGUCCUCCGGCUCCUUCAACUAUGCCCGCCCCAAGCAGUUCAUUGCGGCGCAGAACCUGGGUCCAGCCUCUGGGCUGGCCACGCCGGCCUCCAGCCCCAGCUCCUCCAGCCUGCCAUCGCCUCUGUCCCCAACGCCCAGGCCUUUCGGCCGUGCGCCUGGGCCGCCCUUCGUGGAGCCCGAGGCCAUGUGGGGCCCGUCCUCUCCCUCGCCACCUCCUCCGCCGCCUCCAGUCUUCAGCCCCUCCGCGGCCUUCCCGGUGCCCGACGUGUUCCCGUUGCCACCGCCGCCUCCGCCGUUGCCCAGCUCCACCGCGCACUGUGCCUCGCCUGCCCGCUUCAGUCCUGGCCAGACGCCCGCAGCCUUCCUCAGCUCUCUGCUGCCCUCGCAGCCACCGCCAGUCGCUGUCAACGCCCUGGGGCUGCCCAAGGGCGUCACCCCCGCGGGAUUUCCAAAGAAGCCCAGUAGAACAGCUAGAAUCGCCUCUGAUGAAGAGAUUCAAGGCACCAAGGAUGCUGUCAUUCAAGACCUGGAACGGAAGCUUCGCUUUAAGGAGGACCUUCUGAACAAUGGCCAGCCGAGGCUAACAUAUGAGGAAAGAAUGGCUCGCCGCCUGCUGGGUGCCGACAGCGCAAAUGUCUUCAACAUCCAGGAGCCAGAAGAAACAACAGCCAAUCAGGACGUUGGGGCUCCUCGGGCUUCUGUGGGGGGACCUCUGGAUGGUCAAAAGGAGUACAGAGUCUCCAGCUGUGAGCAGAGGCUGAUAAGUGAGAUAGAGUACAGGCUGGAGCGCUCGCCAGUGGACGAGUCCGGCGAUGAGGUGCAGGACACCGAUGGGCCUGUGGAAAAUGCAGCAGCACCCUUCUUUGAGACGAAGCUGAAACAUUACAAGAUCUUUGAGGGGAUGCCCGUGACUUUCACGUGUCAAGUGGCUGGGAAUCCAAAGCCAAAGAUCUAUUGGUUUAAGGAUGGGAAGCAGAUUUCUCCAAAGAGUGAUCACUACACCAUUCAGAGAGACCUUGACGGGACCUGCUCUCUCCACACCACAGCCUCUACCCUCGACGAUGACGGCAACUACACGGUCAUGGCUGCCAACCCUCAGGGUCGCGUCAGUUGCACAGGACGGCUAAUGGUGCAGGCUGUCAACCAGAGAGGCCGCAGUCCCCGCUCUCCCUCAGGCCACCCUCAUGCCAGAAGGCCUCGCUCUCGAUCGCGGGACAGCGCAGAUGAAAACGAGCCCAUUCAGGAGCGAUUCUUCAGACCUCACUUCCUGCAGGCUCCCGGGGAUCUGACUGUGCAGGAAGGCAAGCUCUGCAGGAUGGACUGCAAAGUCAGUGGGUUGCCAACCCCAGAUCUCAGCUGGCAACUAGAUGGAAAGCCCAUACGGCCCGACAGUGCUCACAAGAUGCUGGUCCGUGAGAACGGGGUACACUCCCUCAUCAUAGAGCCGGUCACGUCUCGGGACGCCGGCAUCUACACGUGUAUUGCCACCAACAGGGCAGGACAGAACUCAUUUAACCUGGAACUUGUGGUUGCUGCUAAAGAAGCGCACAAGGCCCCUGUGUUCGUUGAGAAACUGCAAAACACGGGGGUUGCUGAUGGGUACCCCGUGCGCCUGGAAUGCCGUGUUUUGGGAGUACCACCACCUCAGAUAUUUUGGAAGAAAGAAAAUGAGUCGCUCACUCACAGCACUGAGCGCGUAAGCAUGCACCAGGAUAAUCACGGCUACAUCUGCCUGCUCAUUCAGGGAGCCACAAAAGAAGACGCUGGGUGGUAUACGGUGUCAGCCAAAAACGAAGCAGGCAUUGUGUCCUGUACUGCCAGGCUGGACGUCUACACCCAGUGGCAUCAGCCGUCACAGACCACCAAGCCAAAAAAAGUACGGCCCUCGGCCAGUCGCUACGCCGCACUUUCGGACCAGGGACUAGACAUCAAGGCUGCUUUCCAACCUGAAGCGAGCCCAUCUCACCUGACACUGAACAGCGGCUUGGUAGAAAGUGAGGACCUGUGAUCAGUACCCCUUGUUGAAGCUGAAAACCGAAACGCCAUUGCUUUGACCAACAUACUCCUCUGUCACAUUAUGUAAAAGGCAGAAGUAUACUUUUGACUUUAAGAAAUUUUUUUUUUUAAAAACCACCAAAAUCGUAUUUUUCUUACUUCAUAGAGUUUAAGUAGGUGAUGCUUAUAGGAAUGUACAUUGCACAGAAAACUCACGUGUAUUGUCCAAGUGAAAACUUUUGGAAUUGCUGUGAUUAAAAUGGUCUGAAAUGCCAAAAUGCCAAAAGAAAUCAACUAUCAAAGGUGACCACGGCUUAUGUUAUCUAUAAGUGCCUUUAAACACGAGCUGUGGGUGCUGUGGUGUGGCGGUGUGAAAUGGUUGACAGACGCUACAGUGACCCUCAUGUGCAGUGUCUACAGAUGGCUACAGGGAGCCAGGUGCAAUACGGAAGGACAGAAAGAAUGGUGAAGAAAUCCAAGUGAAUGCCUUGCCUCGGCAAAGUGCUUAUGUUAAAUCAGAAAGAAGGAAUUCCGUGCCUUAAAUCGCAUUCACAUCAGGAGUUUGCCCCUUAAUGCUACCUUAGUAGGAAGCUUACUUACAAUUCAUAUUAAAUAAAAGGCUAAUCUAAGCUGCAACCAAUUAAGAACACAGUCCAUUCCACGAGGGGCAUCCAAAGCACCAAAUGACCAAGGCAUGUAGUGUUUGGAAGAAAUGGGUUUGGAAAGUGUGGAAAGAAAGAAGGACGAAACUGCUCCCCACACAGGACCUCAUAUCCAUUUAGACGAAAGCGGCACGGGUGGGCCAGGCUCUUCUUGGGUUUUCUUCUAAGCCUUAAAAACAUAGGUGCAAAAACACUGCCGUUAGCCAGUCAAAGACUCUAGGGAGUCGUCCGGAAGUCUGGGGCGCAUGUGUGAUGGAGGCUUCCGUGUAGCUGAAGUGUGUAGUAGUUGAUGAUGUUAGUGUGUAGAGCAAGUUGGACAUGGGUUGGGAUUGCAGGGGUGGCAUAAACGAGAAGAAGUAGCCUGUAAGGUCUAGUCUGCCUGAGGGAAGUGGAGAUGAGAGAGACAAAAACAAGCUUGGGCCACAGUGAAUUUCAUUUCCGUCGUCGGCAUCAAGAGGUGGUGAGUGGAAUUCACUAGCUCCCUCCACUCCUUAUGCCACGGAGCCUAGCCUUAAGAGGGUCCCAGGCGCUGAGCAUCUGUGAGGCCAGCUGCAAAGACUGCUUGUUG